GUAAAAAACGAUCUCUAGAGGAGAAGAGCCCCGCACUCACUCUCCCCCAACAAUUCAUGGCGUUCGAGCCUCCCACCGCGCUCAUCCACCAACUCCGCGCGGCGCUCCGCGGCGGCGGCGGCGCCUCCUUCUCCGGCGACGCCCCUCCCCUCCCCACCGUCGAGGUCGCCGUUGCUGCGGCGCUCGAGCCCUCCUCCCCCUCCCCGCUCCGAUGCGAUCGGUGCCGCGGCGCGCUCCUCCGCGGGGCCCGCUCCCCCCGAUGCGUCCUCUGCGGCGCGGAGCGGAGGGGCGACGCCGCGCCCCACCCGAUCCCCUUCGCCUCCUCCGCCGCGUGUCGGUGGCUCCUUGAUUCCCUCGGAUUGGACGGAUCUGAACCCGUUAUUCUGGACACUGAAUCGAGUGAUUCAAAUAAAGGAAAGGAUACACCAAAGAGUGGGUUGGUUUUGUCUGAUCUUUUGGACCUGGAACUUAGAUGGACUUCAAAUACAGAAGAACAGGUAACUGAAACAACAAAGGAAGUGCCUACUCCCAGUACAUAUGCUCUAAACUUGUCAGGAGUUGACCUGGAUUCUUAUUUUUCUGAAGAAAAGACAGAAACACCUUCUAUUGGUUCCAUUUCUCAUAUUGAUAAGUUAACAGCUACAAAUCAAAGCACAUACGCAGAAAGCCAUACAUUAUCUGGCUCAGAAGACGAUUUAUUUGAAAAUUUUCAAUCUUCUGGCAAGAUGAUAAGUUCUCUCAGCACCAAAGAUGACGAAUCUGGUCCUUCAUCUGCUGCGUGGGAGGCUGAAUUUCAGUCUGCUAAUUUUGAAACUUCGAAUGCUGAAACGAGAGCAGCUGACUUUACACCUUCUGGUUCCAUUUCUCACGAUGAUCUGUUAACCACUAGGGAUCAAAGCCCAAAUACAAAGAGUCAUGCAAUUUCUGGUUCCAUUUCUCACGAUGAUCAGUUAAUUACUAGGGAUCAAAGCCCAAAAACAAAGAAUCAUGCAAUUUCUGGAUCAGAAAAUUUUGAUUUAUUUGAGAACUUUCAGUCUUCUGGAUCAAAGAUAAGUUCCCUCAACACCAAAGAUAGUGAAUCUGGCCGUCCAUCGACUGGGCGGGUGGCUGAAUUUCACGCUGCUGUAUCUGAAACUUUGACUGCAGAGCCUGGACCAGUUCACCGUACACCUUCUAGUGGUUCCAUUUCUCACAAUGAUCAGUUAAAAAAUACAGAUCAAAACCUAAAUAUGGAAAGCCAUGCAUUUUCUGCCUCAGAAACUUUUGAUCCAUUUGAAAAUUUUCAAUCGACUCGUACAACAUUAAGUUCUCUCAACACUAAAGAUGGUCAAUCUGGUCGUUCAUCCACUGGGUGGGAAGUUGAAUUUCAAUCGGCUACUUUGGCUGCAGAAUCCGGACCAGUUGACUUUUUGCCUUCUACUGGUGCAAGUUAUCAGGAUGAUCGGUUAGAAACUACAGAUCAAAGUGCAAAUACUGAAAAUCAUGCAUUGUAUGGCUCAGAAAAUUUUGACUUAAGUGCAAGUUUUCAAUAUUCUCCCACAAAGAUAAAGUCUCUCAACACUAAAGAUAGUGAGUCUGGUCGGUCAUCGACUGGUUGGGAGAUGGAAUUUCAAUCUGCUGCUUUUGACACUUCGACAGCAGAGCCCGUACAGGUUGAUUUUGGCCCUUCUGCUGUUUCCAUUUCGCACAAUGAUCAGUUAGCAACAAUGGAUCAAAGUGUAAGAAUGGAAAGUCAAGAAUUUUCUAGCUCAGAAACUUUUGAUACAGUUGUAAGUUCUCAUUCUUCUGGCACGAAGAUAAGUUCUCUCAACACCAAAGAUAGCAAAUCUGGUCGAUCAUCCACUGGGUGGGAGGCUGAAUUCCAAUCUGCUACGUUUGAAACUUUGGCUGCAGAGUCCGAGCCAGUGGACCUUAUGGCUUCUACUGGUUCCAUUUCUCACAAUGAUCAGUUAACAAAUAUCGAGCAUAGCGUAAAUACAGAAAGUCAUGCAUCUUCUGGCCCCGAAACUUUUGAUUUAUUUGUAAAUUCUCAAUCUUCUGGCACAAAGUUAAGUUCUGUCAACACCAAAGAUAGUGAAUCUGGUCGUUCAUCCACUGGGUGGGAGGCAGAAUUUCAAUCUGCUAGUCCUUCAAAUAGUCAAUUUGUCGGCGCUCCAAGUGUUGAGGCUACUAUCAGCCAGGAAGCAUCUGAUCAAAAUGAAACGAACAAUAAAAGUGCGAGCCUAGAAGUUGGAAAUGAUGGGGGUCAGUCUGCAUCGAGUUACUGUUGGAUUCCAGAUGAUCUUUGGCCUAUGAAUAGCAUGGGGCUUGAAACAGAUGUUAUUACAAGUAUUGAUGAAAAUAAUAGUGGUGAGCUGGAUAAAUUGUCUGUAGACAACAAUGCAGUUCCAUUUGAUAUGUGGCCCACUAGCAGCAACAAAGAAGUUGACCCAAUUGGAAAAGUAUAUGAUACUGAUGAUUGGCAAGAUUUUACCAGCUCAGCUGAGGCACAAGGAGGUUCCUCAAAUUUGCAGGAACAAAUUGAGGUUUCGCCUUCUGAACCUCCAUUGGAAACAAAGUCAGGUGAUUUAUGGCCUAUCAGUAGCACAAACGAUUCUGACAGUACGAAAGCCAUAAAUGGUGAUGAUGACUCAUUUGAUGAGUGGCAUGAUUUUGCCAGUUCUAGUCAAACAGCUCAGAGCUUUACAAAACCAGGGGAUGAAAAGUUUGGUAUGUAUCUUGAACAUCCUUUAGAGACAAAAUCUGCUGGCCCUACAAGCAGUGUUAAGGAAGUUGAUAAUUCUAAUAUUAUAAAUGAAGAUAAUGACCUGUUUGACGAUUGGCAAAACUUUGCUAGUUCUAGUCAAGCACAUCAGAGUUUAACAAGACCAGGGGAUCAAAAUCUUGACACGUCUUUGAAACAUCCUUCUGGAAUGCAAUCAACAGAUACGGGACCUACUAGCAGCAUUAAGGAACUUGAUAAUUCUAAGAGUCUAAAUGAAGAUAAUGACCCAUUUGAUGAUUGGCAAGAUUUUGCAAGUUCUAGUCAAGGUCAUCAGAGUUUAACAGAAUCAGGAGGCAAAAAUCUUGGCAUGUAUUUCAAAGAUCCGUCAGAGACAAAAUCUACUGGUAUGGACCCUACUAGCAGCAUUAAGAAAUCCGAUAAUUAUGAACUUAAAAAUGACGAUAACGACCCAUUUAAUUGGCAAGAUUUUUUCAGUUCUACUAAAGUGCAUCAAAAUUUAGCAAAGCAAGGAGGCCAAAGUUCUGGGAUGUUGUUUAAAGAUCCUUCAGUCGCCCAAUCUUCUGAAUUGGGGCCUACUAAUAGCGUUAAGCAAUUGGAUCAUUCUGAAAUUAUAAAUGAAGAAAAUGACUUAUUUGAUGAUUGGCAAGAUUUCACGAGCUCUGGUCAAGUGGCUGGAUGUUUAUCAAAUUCGGUGAGAGAAGCAGAAGUUCCAUUACACGAAAAACCCUCGGGUUCAAAAUUCGAUGAUCUACAAGAUAUGGAGUUUGGCGGUUUCAUGAGUUCAGAUUCCUUUUCAGAAGCGCCAGAUGGUAAGAGGAGUUCCAGUGAAGAUAACAUUGGCAGCUGCUCUGCGAGCAGGGUAAAUGGAAGACAUGAGAUUGAUAUUGAUCCCUUCUCUACGCUGUGGGGAGCCAUGGAUGCUAAUCACCUUUCCGUUUCAAUGCCAAAGCCUCCAAAAACGGAUAUAGAGAAGCUGUUUUCUCAGAUGCAUGACUUCUCCUUCAUGCCGAAAGAUGAUUGUCCAGCUCCAGAUAAGCUCCAGAAUUUGCAAUCUACUUCCUGAAUGCGUGGUUAUCGAAUCCCUUGCUGGGGAGAAAUGAUUGCCUGGUCCUGUUCCACUGAUGACCACUUUUGUAUAAUUCAGUUCAGAGACCUUAUAAUCUAAAACAAAACCAUGAGAUAUAACCUGCAGCAUCUAAAAGACCUGUAUGCUAAAUAUAGCAAGUAAUUUUUAUGCAGUGAACAAUUGCCUUGUCUGCAUUGUUGGUUUUCCAAACUCCUUGGAUCCUAUGCACUAGAUUUCUAAACCUUAUAACUUUUAUUAUAUUGUGUUUUCAGAUGUUGCAGCUCAUAUUUAUCAGUUUUUAAUCACAAAUCCUCUAGAAUGAAUUGUAGCGGGCAGUUAUUGGACACCGUGACGGUCCGGGUUGAGGCAAUCAUUUCUCCGUGAUGAGUCAUGGGUGAGAGGACAAGAUCAUGUGCUAUUGGGAUUCAAGUAUUGCUUAUAAUAAAAAGAACCGAAGUGAUUACGAAAGCAAAUUAUGAUCCUUGUCGCGAGGAAAACCCUGCGCCGAAGGAAGGAAAAGGAGAUCGAUGACAAAUUAGUUGUUGAAUAUCUUAAAUAUCCUCGAGAUUUUUGUUUGUGUGUAUGCUUUCGUGCAAUUUUUGUUGUUUAUGUUUAUACUUGUGAGUGAUCGUAGUUUGAGCGAGCAUCAAUUCAUUUAUUAUUUGUUUUUUUCAUGCAUUAGUAAUUGAGAGUGUAUAUGAGCUUGUAUUUUCCUGUAGGUAAUAAUUGUCUCUAUUGUCAGAGUAAAAGGACAUGUAAUGACAAA